CGACUGACUGACUGACUGCCUGCCUGCCGGAGAGAGAGAAAAAGAGAGAGACAGAGAGACAGAGAGACACCGCCGCACCUCUCUGCUCACCCAGUGCCCUCUCGUUGCCAUGGCCGCCAUCCCCAACCACCCCCCGGACAACAUUGUCUACUCGGCACCCGUCGCCGACGACAAGCCUGGCGAGCUCUUCACUCCCAGCCCGCCAGCCGACGACAAGCAUGCCCUCGACCACAAGGCGGGCGGCUUCGACUACGAGGUCGAAAAGGCCACCGGCGCCUCGUCGGACCAGGGCCUCGAGGCCGACAGGAAGAAGUCGCCCUAUUCGCUCUCGAUGCUCUACAGGCGCUUCAGGCUGCCUGUCCACAUCUUCAUUGGUGCUCUCUUCACUGGAUGGUGGAUUGCCAGUCUUGUCGUCCAUCGCCAUGACAAGAACUGGAUCAUCCCGUUCUUGUUCUGGCUGGCAAUCAUGAUCCGCCUCAUCACCCUCCACAUCCCCAUUACCGUCGUCACCAAGCCCAUGCACUGGGUCUGGGCAAACACCGGCACCCACUUUGCAAACCUCAUCCCAGAGAAGAUGCGCAUCCCGGCCGCCGGUCUGCUCGUCGUUGCCGUCAUGAUUGUCGGCUCCUUUGCCAGCGAGGAAAGCCAGGACAACACGCGCGCCAACCGCGCCGUCUCGCUCUUUGGCCUCCUCGUCUUCAUUGUUGUCUUCUGGGCCACUUCGCACCAACGCAGCAAGAUUGUCUGGCACACCGUCAUUGUCGGCAUGCUCAUGCAGUUCAUCAUCGCCCUCUUUGUCCUCCGCACAAAGGCUGGUUACGACAUCUUCAACUUCAUCUCGGAACUCGCACGUGACCUGCUGGGCUUCGCAAAGGACGGUGUUGCAUUCCUGACCACGGCGCCCACGUCCGAACUCACCUGGUUCUUGAUUACCGUCAUCCCCGCCAUCAUCUUCUUCGUGUCCAUUGUCCAGCUCCUGUACUACUGCGGUGUCCUGCAGUGGUUCAUUGGCAAGUUUGCCGUCUUCUUCUUCUGGUCCAUGCGCGUCUCGGGCGCCGAGGCCGUUGUCGCUUCGGCCUCUCCCUUCAUCGGCCAGGGUGAAUCCGCCAUGUUGAUCAAGCCCUUUGUUCCCCAUCUUACCAUGGCCGAAAUCCACCAGGUCAUGUGCUCUGGAUUCGCUACCAUUGCUGGUAGUGUCUUGGUCGCCUACAUUGGAAUGGGUCUCAACCCCCAGGCCCUGAUUUCUUCCUGCGUCAUGAGCAUUCCCGCCUCCCUGGCCUUCAGCAAGCUGCGAUACCCCGAGACCGAGGAGACUCUGACCGCCGGCCGCGUCGUUGUCCCCGAAGACAACGAAGACAGGCCUGCCAACGCCCUCCACGCUUUUGCCAAUGGCGCUUGGCUCGGUCUCAAGAUUGCCGGCAUGAUUGUUGCCACGCUCCUGUGUAUCAUUGCUCUGUUGAACUUGGUUGACGGACUUCUGACCUGGUGGGGCCGCUACAUCAACCUCGACGGUGACUACGACUUGACGCUGGAGCUGAUCCUCGGUUACGUCUUCUACCCCAUUGCCUUCCUCCUCGGUGUAUCUCGCGAGGGCAACGAUCUGCUCCUUGUCGGCCGUCUGAUUGGUGUCAAGGUCAUCACCAACGAAUUCGUCGCCUUCUCGUCGCUUGUCAGCAAGGACCCCGCGUCUCCCUACCACUCUCUGUCGCCUCGCUCUCGUGUCAUCGCCACGUACGCUCUCUGCGGUUUCGGUAACAUUGGCUCUCUCGGCACCCAGAUUGGUGUGCUCAGCCAAAUCAGCCCUGGCCGCAGCGGUGACGUCUCUCGUGUUGCGGUCUCGGCUCUCGUCACAGGUGUCUUUUCCACGCUUUCCAGUGCGUCGGUUGCCGGUCUCGUCAUUGUGGACCAGGCCAAGUUCAGUUCAGGCUCUUAGACUGGAGCUAUGAGGAAAUGCGCCCCAAGACGAGACCCUUCUUCAUGUCCAUGUUUGUUGUUUGAUGUUUUCUUUAGAAGAAAAAAAAAUGUCAUGUCUAGCCAGUUAUAAUCAGUACUUAGUGUGCAAAAAGAUACCCACCUUCCAUUUAUCCAGUCCCACUCAACAACCGAGCAAUUCAUAUUCUUCCUGACUAGACGUUUGGUGUCUUGCUUGUAGACUCAAAGUGACGGUUUGCACUUGGGUCAUGCAGCCCAUCAUAUAUACACGAAACCGUUUUUCCUAGACGCUUGGAUGCCGCCUUGGCACCGCCCUGUCUGCACGACAUAUUGCCUCAAAAGACUUAGCGCACUUACCCACUGCCAUUAGCUGCUCAACUAUCCCCUCCUAGGACUAGUCUCUUCUCCCACUUACUCUCUCGCACC